ACCAUUGUCCGCCAUAUUCGUGGCGCCGUCACUCGAUUAAUCCAGCUGCAGCGCUCACACUCCUAGAAGCGGCAGCAGCCGGCUCUAGAUCACAAGAAAACCAACUGCAGUUCGCACUGAUGUCGAAAUAUGUCCCUCAAGCCCGUUCAAGAUUUUACAGUACCCUACACGUAACGCUUUUUAUCCUACAACAACUUUUACUGCCUUAACGCAACUCUGUUGUAAUUCAAGCUCGACCACAAUUCUGUUCAGGUAAAGUGAGUGUGUCAAUCACACUUGGAACGGUUGAGCAGUUACAGUAUACAUGCACAAAUCUGUAGUCACUUCUACACUGACAGGUCUCUCGUGUGCUUACGUUCUUCCCGGAAUCGUUUUUGUCUGUUCUUAUUCCUUUUUUCUUUCAGUUCAAUUGUCCUGAUAGCAAAGACACAGAGCGCUUGUCUUCUUUAACCUGGACAAACAAACACCCAGGUAGAAGGGUAUAAGGUAUACACGCUCCACGGGCAAACGAAUGGACGGGCAGAAAGUGUUCAGAUUCGAUGGCAAUCCCCCAAAAAUUGUGGUAGUAGUUGCACGUCCUCCUCCUUCUCCACUCAAUUCCGAUUUCUUUGCAAGUCCACUCGACUUAGUCCUUCCACUUCUUCAGUCUUAAAAAGCUACACGUAUAGAGUACAUACAGAUAGUCACUCACUAGAGAGUCACUCAUCUACCGCUGCGACGAGUUGCGGCAAUAGCGCGAUAUUGCAUUGCAGUUCUCAGUUUGUCGUCUAAUUAGUUGGUUAGGCAGGGUGGCCACGUUCGGUGCUCCGAGGCGGUGCAAGCGGCGGUAGCAGUCGCAGCCGAGCUGGACUGUGCUGCUUUGGUGAAUGGUGGGAGAGUUAGAUUACGACUGCAGCUCCGCCAGGUAGUCGACGAUCGACAUCAGAAUGAACAGCAUGGAGGCCAGACGGGCGGAGCUAGAAAAGAAACGGCAGAAGCUGGAACAGCUCCGUAAUGAACGUCUCAAAGCCAAAGAAGAAAAAGAACGCCAGCAAAGGCUACAGGCUGCUGCUGCGGGGACUGGCGAGGCGUCCAUUGCUGCGCGAUCUGAUGUGGACGACAUCCUUGACUCACUGGGCAUUAGUCUAUUAUCGGGAAAAGAUUCGCCUCUAGGAUCUAGUGGAGUGGCGGGAUCGGGGCACUCGGUGGGAGUUGGUGGAGAUACUCCGGAUGUCCACUCGAUUGCCUCAUCCGUUCAAGCAACGCCCACCAGAAAAGCGAGGAAAAAUGUAGCUCUUCAGGUGGUUACGGUAAACCAGAGCAAUAUCCCUCCUAAGGAGUGCGUUAUGUACUCAAAAACAACACAGACUUUACCAGGAAACGAUAGAGAAGGAGGUUAUGGCGGCAAGGGUCGAAAAGCCACUCAACCCGUGGACUACUAUGUACUGACGCACUGGGACGAAGGUAUGUAUCAUAAGUUGGAUGAGCAACUUCAUACAUUCAGGGUACAUGUCUUACUAAUAGAUAAAAGCACUCAUCUAGAUAGUUACUAAAGCAACGUUCUAUUUUAAUGAGUAAGAAUGCAGAACACAUAUAUUUAAAUCAGAACCGAUUUAACAGAUGUAGUAGCAAGAUGAAAUCAUAGA